AUGGAAUCGUACACGCAUUUCGUUGUUACACCGUGGCGCAAUAGCCAGGAGCUGGUUCAGCUUCGGCGAGACCUGUACCGACUCAACGACGAUAACGUCGAUCGUAGAAAAGGCGCCGUGAACAAGGUACUGGCAUGGCGGGCGAGACACGAGAGUCUGCCGUUGUUGCUGGAGUCGACAGCAGACAUCCUUGAUGUGAUACUUCAAGAUGAGGCGGGCACACUCAACCACAAUGCUACGAGAUUGCUAUAUGCAACAUCCAUAUCAAGGUUCGUAACCGGCUACCUCGACACCCAAAUCGACUUAACGCGCGAUCGCCCAUCAUGGUUCCCUCCAGGCAAAUCCAUCCAACCGCCCGUCUCCCUCCUCGAAGUUCGCCAUUGCAUUGUCCACCGACACAUGCCCUCCUUAGCGGAAUUGAAGCGCGCCGCACGCACCGCACUGGACUGGCUCUGGGACUGGUACUGGUCACAACUUGAACACGCCUUUGGACUGCCCACGACCUCACCUUCCAGCGAUGAUCCAGGCGCAGACGGCGGUGUAGCAGAAAAACUUCAUAACAUCCUCAAAACGUACGUAAAGGCGAGGAAACAGGAGAUCAAAGCGAAGCGACGGGCAGAUCUGUGCACAUCUGCAGCGAGAGCAUGGUCCACAUAUACACUGCGCUUCACGUCUGGUGACACCACGCUGCCCUCAUCGGCAACACAGACAGCACUCCUCCGCCUCCUCGUAAACGACACCCAGAUCCUGCCCCAGGACAAGGGACUAGGAUCCAGUAUGUCUGGAGCCUUCCUAAUCUGGUCCCCCUUCCUCCUACUCUUCUCCUUGAACAGCCCGUCCUUCUUUCCCGCCCACCUCGCUCUCGCUAGCGAGCAAAUAAAUAGCCCGGAUAGAAGCGAGGCGGAGAAAGAGGGCUUGUGUGAGUGGGCGAUACACAUGCUGGGUUCGCGCGACUGGCGGGAGGCUAGAGGCAGUAAGGAACGGGCGAUAAGGGAGAAGGUUCUGGGGGAGUGCAUGACUGAGCUUGGGACGUGGAAUUUGAGGCUCGCUGAAGGUAUCGUGGAUGCGAUGGAUUACGGAGAGGGCGAGAUGUGGCAGGCGAUUCUGGAUGCGAGUCGCACCGAGGGUGGGGAGAAUAUGGUUGUCGAUAGAGUUGAGAGGGCGGAAGAGACGAAGGAGACGGAAGAGGGUUUGGAGGUCAUUGAGGGGGUCGAGAAGCUUGCGGAGGCGGUGCCGGCUGAAAAAGAAGGCCGGGCGAAGGCUCCUGAGUCUGGCGAAGCCAAGGAAAAGAUCAUAGGGCUGCAGAAGGUGGUUGGGUUGUGGAAGCCGAAGCCUAUAGGUUGGCUACCUGACGGUUGGGAAGAAGAUGCGUAA